CCACUUUCUAAGAGCCUCAAUGGCAAGUUCAGGGUCUCUAAACGGAUGGAGAGAGAUCUCAAGGGUCCCAGCAACAAGCCCAGCUAGGGACAAGACAUCAAAGGCUAAGGCUACAUGCUCAGCGUUUGACGAGCAAUGCGAUUUGGUAUGGGUUGGUGACUCCUUUGGAUACAUUCGCUCGUUUGAAGGACCUCAGCUGUCAAACUAUACCAAAUUCAAGGCGCAUUUAUCGCCCGUGAAGCACCUAAUAUCACACCAUAAGGGCAUCAUCUCGACGGAUGGUAUCUCUCUGAGACUGACGAGCAGAAGAGGGUUGGUGGUAUUCGACAUUGACAGCUCGACAAAUCCAGAGCUCACAAGCAUCUCUAGCAUCUCGCUUGUGGGCACAAAUGAGCUUUUGGUGUCAACAGAUAGAGCAUUGUUGAGGUUUGACGUUGUCAAAACACAGGUCAUCAAAACCAUCCCGUACAAUAAAGAGGUUUCACUGAUGGCUUCAAAUAAGAGAUAUGCAGCGUUGGCCUCGAGUAAUGACAAUGUGGAUAUCUACGAGGUCAAAAGUGAAACCGUGGUGGCACACUUCCAGGUGAACUUCUCCAAGAUCACAGGAUUAGACCUCAAAGAACAGACCCUCGUGGUUUGUGGAACAACUGACCGUCACGGAGUUGCCAGAUUCAACACAUGGGUCUCGGUGUAUGAUCUACGAACCCAGGCACCACUGAACCCUAUAACUUCACCAGAUGGCGCUGAGUUUGUCAGGUUGCAUCCAAGAUUACCCAGUGUGGCUCUCAUAGCGUCGCCUCAAGGACUGGUGCAAUCUGUGAACAUGUUUGAUCCAGACAGCUCGACAUAUUUCCCUGUACAAGCAGACUCAUUGAAAUCGUUUGAACUGUCGUCAACAGGAGAUUUCCUCUGUAUGGUUGAUAACGCGUCAAUCUUACACCUGUUUUGUCUGGACCCAGACCAUUCGGCAAUGUCCAAGAGGGUGGCCAUUGAACAUCCUGAUGUUGUAAAACCACAUCCAUUCGUUUCAGUGAACGAUUCGGAGUUUUCGUUGAAUCAGAUUGGAAUGCCUUACUACAGGGAAACCUUGCUUUCAGCUUGGCCGUCCCAUAUUUCGUUUAGAAGCCCGGGAACCUUCUCAAGACCAAUUGACAUGUCACUAUUGAGAAACGCUAUCAACGAAAACGGUCUAAUAUCUGCACCAUACAGCAAGGAGAAGUACGGCUCAAGGAACGAAAUGAAACCAUAUGUCUCGAUGUCUCAGUCGAAUGAACCAGCAAGAAAGUUCUUGAGUAAUAAGAAGAAUAAUGUUAAGGCUUCAGGAAAGACCUCGAAGGUGUUCCAAUACAUCUCGUCAUCACCGAACACGAUUCCAAACGCUUUCAAAAAGAUGGAAAUCUCGUACAGUAAGUUUGGUAUCGACGACUUUGACUUUGACUUUUACAACAAAACGCAGUUUUCUGGUCUUGAAUCUCACGUUGAUAAUUCUUAUACGAAUUCACUCUUACAGCUUUACAGAUUUGUUCCAGAGUUUUUCAACUUCAUCAUUAAGAACUUGGCUGUUGAGAACUUGAACGAGGAUUCCUUGUUGACUGAAUUAGGGUACCUGUACGAUAUGCUUGCUAAAGCACAUGGAAAACACUACAGGCCAACAAAUUUCCAACACACCUUAUCAAAUAACGAAUAUGCACGCAAGUUCGAUCUGAUUAAAACAGAUGAUAUAAGUCCACAAGAUACAGAUCUUGCCAGAAGGCUUAAGGAUUUCAACAAGUUUCUUUUGCACAAACUAGCUGAUGAUGAGAAACAAGUGAAUGUUGGGUCUGCAAGACUUGACGUAUUUCCUCAGCUCCUUGGUAUUAGAACCGAAGUUAUCGAAAGAUGGAUAUAUUCUAACAAUACAAACAUCGAUCACAGAUGUAUAUUCACGUUGGACGUUAGAUCUCCACUUGCAAACAACGCAACUUCAGUGCUGAGUGAUAAUGGAAAUGUCUCAAUCAUUCACUACAUACAAUCUUCCAUGAACAGAGUCUCUCGAGCUGCUGACGAUCUUCCUGGUGGUUAUCAAGAUAUCAAGGAUACAUCGACAACAGUUGUUGCCCUUCCUCCAGUAUUGUCUUGUAACCUUGAUCUACUGGAGGUUGAUAAAGUCCAGAUUAGAAAUAAUAAAGAUUGGUUUAAGGAUAGGUUUAAUGCAUUCAAAAAUGGGUCAGGCUACGUAUUGACAGAACAGCAGCCUGGAUCAGAGGACUUGGACUUUUGCAAACAAUACGAAGUGGUUGGCUUUGUCUGUGAAAUUGCUGGUGAGAGAGAUAAUGAUAGUCAUUUGGUUACAUUUGUUAAAAUUCCGAACGAGGAGACCGGUACGACCGACUGGCAUCUCUUUAACGACUUCCUGGUCAUGCCGAUACCAGAGGAGGAAGUCUUCAACAUGUCAUACUGGUGGAAAACACCACUGACCAUUGUCUAUAAAAGAGUCACUUCGGUGGCAGUUCCAUUCCAAUAUGACUGUUGGAAGAACGAUUUGAAUGACCAAAUCCUCUAUCGUGAUCAUUUUGCAUCUGCCAUUAGGGAAUCAAGACGUCUCGAAUACAAGCUGUUAACACGGGAAGAGGCCCCCCAUCCUGGGUCAUUAAUAGCUAUUGAUGCUGAAUUUGUUAUCCUUGAAAACGAACAAUAUGAGAUUGGGAAUAGUGGUAUAAGAUCAUUACUCAAACCCAAGAAGUCAGCUUUGGCUCGUGUUUCUGUGCUGAGGGGGGACGACGGCGAGAACUAUGGUGUUCCGUUUAUUGAUGAUUAUGUUGCUGUCAAUGAACCUAUUACAGACUACCUGACAUCCUUCAGUGGUAUCGAGCCUGGCGACUUGGAUCCAUCUACAAGUACGAGAAUGCUCGUGACAAGACAGACUGUCUAUAGGAAACUCUGGCUUCUAUUAAACCUUGGCUGUGUAUUUGUCGGACAUGGUUUGAUAAUGGAUUUCAGGACAAUCAACAUAUGCGUUCCCAAAGAACAGGUUCGUGAUACUGCGGUGUUCUUUCACAAGGGUCAAAGAAUUCUUUCCUUGCGGUUCUUAGCAUACAUUCUGCUAAAUGUCAAGGUGCAAUUGGGUAAUCAUGACUCCAUCGAGGAUGCUUAUACUGCGUUGUUGAUCUACAAGAAGUAUCUGGAGUUACAAAGAAGUGGUCAAUUCGAGGAGACCUUGGAUCGAAUCUUCCAUGAAGGACAAGCGUUGAAGUUCAAACCUCCUGGAGAAGACUGA